UUAUGUAUUUCAUACUAUAUAUGAAUAUGCGCAUUGUCACAAAAGAAAACUUUCUUAUUUAAUGGACUAAAUUUAUGCAAUCUCAGCAUUAUUAAAAUCUAAUCUUAAGGUUAGUAUUUAAAAUAAAUAAAUGAUCUAAGCCAAAGCUACAGCAAACAAGGCUUGCAAUGUUUCAAAAAGUGCAAUCUGAAUGAAGUAGGUGAGCUAACUGUCGAUAUGGCCGUUAUUAACAGCACUUUUCAUUUAAAUUGGUCAAUGUUGAAUCUUGGCUAAGCAAAAAAAAAAAAGAAACAUUUGAAAAACAACAAACAAUUGACGUAGCGUUUAGUGAGCUGUUGGCCAAAGAACGAGUCGGUUGUACGGAACUCAGCGAAAUGCCUUGGCAAUGGCUGCUAAUCCAGCUAAUGCUGCUCCAACUGCUGCUGGGUCAGGUCAAUGGCGCCUCCAAACGUGUUAAGAUGUGCCUGCAGCCCAUGGUCAGCGGUCGCUGCUUUGGACAUGUGGAGAGCUAUGCCUAUAAUCCGCUCGAGCGCCGCUGCGAAUCCUUCAUCUAUGGCGGCUGUGGUGGCAACGAGAAUCGUUUUGACAGCCGGGCCGAGUGCGAGUUUAGCUGUCGUGAUAUUUAAGCUGAUAUACAAGUGAAUGAUGCAUGAUGUUCGCGAG